AUGGCAGCACACCUUGCAAAGGCAGCACUUCUUGCGAAGGCACCACACCCUGCGAAUGCAGAUCUCUGUGCAAAGGCAGCACUCCGUGGGAAGGCAGCACUACGUGCGAAGGCUGCACUCCGUGCGAAGGCUGCACUCCUUGCGAAGGCAGCACUCCUUGCGAAGGCAGCACUCCUAGCGAAGGCAGCACUCCUUGCGAAGGCAGCACUUCUUGCAAAGGCACCACUCCCUGCGAAUGCAGAUCUCUGUGCAAAGGCAGCACUCCGUGCGAAGGCAGCACUACGUGCGAAGGCUGCACUCCAUGCGAAGGCAGCACUCCUUGCAAAGGCAGCACUCCUUGCGAAGGCAGCACUCUUUGCGAAGGCAGCACUCCUUGCGAAGGCAGCACUCCUUGCAAAGGCAGCACUCCUUGCAAAGGCAGCACUCCUUGUGAAGGCACCACCCCUUGCGAAGGCAGAACUCCCUGCAAAGGCAGCCCUCCUUGCGAAGACAACAGUCCAUGCAAAGGCAGCACUCCUUGCGGAGGCAGCACUCUGUGCAAAGGCAGCACUCCCUGCAAAGGCAGCACUCCCUGCGAAGGCAGCACCCCCUGCGUAG